AUGUUUCCCUGUGUAACACAGGCAAUCACCAUUGAAGCUUUACAAGGAACCAGGGCCGGAUCGAAGAUUCAGAUUUCACUGCUCAAGAUGGACAUGAGAGUUCGAAAUUCGAUGACAACAGAUAAUACCCGAAAGUUCACCGAAUAUCGAGAAGGCAUCAAUGGAAACAAAGGGAUUGUCCAAAUGACUAAUAAAGUUCUCCUUGUUGCUGUUAGUCAGUUGAAGGAAAAAUGGGCGAAGAACCCAUUGCAUCGAUUUGUUACGGGCGGACAGUCUGCACAUUCUGGUGUACAUUUUACUUCCUCCUUUAAAAGUAGCAACCAGAAGCAGAUUAAGUGGAAAAAAAGUAAACGUCAAAAAGCUAAAAGAUGGCAAAUUUUAGCUUACUUUCUAAAUCAUGGUAUAGUUUUUGUUCUAAGUCUCAGCUUCAUUGGUUCCUUUCCAUGCCUACAUGAGCAACGAGAUGCUCUCCUGGAGUUCAAGGAUUUUCUAGUUCAAGAUUCGACGAGGGACGACAACUCGACAGAUUUGGUUCUUGGUGGCUUGGAAACAUGGAAUUCCAGUUCAGAAUGUUGUCAAUGGGCUCUGGUGGAAUGUGGUUCCAGUUCAUCUUCACAACAUGUGAUUGGUCUGAAUCUAUCCAGUGUUUUUCCUACACUAGGAAAGACUUCAGAUGUUUUGGCACCGAUUUUCUGGAUCAAGACCUUGACGUCGCUCGACGUUUCCUACAAUUCCAUUCAAGGUGCAAUUCCGGGGAUUGGACUGCGAAAUUUGAGUGAACUGGUGCAUCUUGACAUGAGAGGAAAUAGCUUCAAUGGUUCAAUUCCUCUGCAGUUGUUUAAUUUGACUAAUCUGGAAUUCCUUGAUCUCAGUGACAAUAUGAUCGAAGGAGGGUUACCUAAUGAUUUUGUUGGUCUUAAAAGUUUGAAACAGUUGAGCUUGGAUGCCAACUUCAUUCAUGGAGAGCUUCCUGAAGAGUUUGGAAGCCUCGCUGAACUGAGGAAGUUGACGGUUUCCAGCAACCGAAUAUCCGGUAGGAUUCCAUUGUCGAUAUUGCAGCUCGCAAAGCUUGAAGUUCUGAUCCUGCAGAACAAUACACUUUCCAUGGAGAUACCACUUGGCAUUGGGAACUUGGUGAAUCUAACAACUCUAGACUUGAGCAAGAAUCUUUUGAGUGGCGAAAUCCCGUCGUCUGUUCGGAAGCUGAGGAAGCUGGAGACACUUCAGCUGGAGAACAAUAUGCUGUCUGAUGGGAUCCCAGCAUGGCUAUUUGAACUCAAGGAGUUGAAGAAGCUGCACCUUGGAGGAAACAGAUUAGCAUGGAACAACAGUCUCAAGAUCGAGCCGAUGUGUAAGUUGUCUUCAUUAUCAUUGAGAUCUUGCAGUGUUAGAGGGGAGAUUCCUAGAUGGAUCUCCAAUCAAACUGAUCUUAUUUUCUUGGACUUGAGUGAGAAUGAUCUUGAAGGAGAGUUCCCCCUGUGGUUAGCAGCUGAAAGAAGCCUUGGAACAAUUAUUCUAUCAGAUAACAAGCUCUCAGGCUCUUUGCCACCUCAGUUGUUUCAAUCUCGAAAUCUAUCGAUCCUCGUGUUGUCGAGAAACAAGUUUUCUGGCGAAUUGCCAGAAAUCAAUACUACUUCAAUAAUGAUACUCAUGCUCUAAGGAAACAAGUUUUCAGGGCUAGUGCCAAAAUCCAUCUCAAAUAUCUACAGGUUAUUACUGCUGGACUUGUCAAACAAUAGCUUUUCUGGCAGUGAAUUUCCAGCAUUUGGACCAAAUAGCUUAAUUGCUUAUGUUGAUAUUUCUUCCAACAAUUUCUCUGGUAAAGUUCCUGUGGAUUUUGGACUCUUCACCUCGAUGCUUUCGUUAAGUCAAAAUGGCUUUUCUGGUCCGUUGCCUGAAAAUUUUAGCAAUUUGACCAUGCUUGAACACCUUGAUCUUCAUGACAACAAUAUCAGUGGUGAAUUCCCAGCUUUCUUCUCUCAAUUGUCCUCUCUUCAAGUACUUAAUCUUAGGAACAAUUCCAUUGAUGGAUUGAUCUCCAAUGAUCUGUCGAGUCUUAGCAGUCUCCGAAUCCUCGACCUCUCCAACAACAACCUCAAUGGUGAAAUUCCUCAAAGCUUGGGAAAUCUUACAGGGAUGAUUGACACACCAGAUGUUCCAGUAGCACUUUCUGACUUCUUCAAUUUUCCUGUUGAAAUCCAUGACUUGAUAGUGAACUGGAAGAAAUCAAAGCAAGGCCUCUCGAUCCGAAACCGUGAUAUCUAUACUUUCCUGGACUUGUCAAAGAACCAGUUAUCAGGAGGAAUUCCACAUUCAUUAGGUGGUCUCAAAAGUUUGAAGCUACUUAACCUUUCACUCAAUGAAUUUUCUGGCAAAAUUCCAAUGAGUAUUGGUGAUCUGCAGAGUCUUGAGACCCUGGAUUUGUCACACAAUAACCUUACCGGUGUACCAGGAACAAUUUCCGAGCUCCAGGAGCUAAAUUAUUUAGACUUGAGCAACAACGAACUUAGUGGAAAGAUUCCUGAAGGUCCUCAAAUGGAUAGGCUGGUCGAUCUUUGGAUUUAUGCCAAUAACAGUGGCUUGUGUGGGGUGCAAAUUCAGGUUCCUUGUGAAGAAGAUUCGGUUCCACCAGGGUUACCAUCGAUGAAGAAACAGGAAACAAUGUUUUCAUGGGUAGCUGCAGCAAUUGGCUACCCUACUGGGUUCUUGUGUUCAACUGCAGUGAUGUAUGUUAUCGGUUAUUUCAACUGUGCACCAUCACGUCGUCAUCGGGGACGUCGUACUUCUCCAAGGAGAUGAUUGAUUCAAAGUUCCGAAUUGAACUUCGCCGUGUUAGCCAAAGAUUACGAGCUAUAUCCUAGUUAUAUAUUUCCCAGAGUG